UGUAGGAAAGGAACAACCACAGCACCAGAGGGCAGCUCCACGGGGGCUCACAUCCUGCUGUCACUUCUCCAGGUAACUUUCAUGUGCCUCGGUUGCUUGAACGCUGGUUUUAAUUGCGUCAGCCAGAGCAUUUAAAAACCACAGACAUGUUAAAAAAAAACAGCAGAGACAGCAAGGGGAAAACAUUAACCUGCUCUUGCACCAUGAGAAAACAUGCUGAGAGACACCAAAUGCUAACAGACUGCUGCUCCGGAUCCUCCCAGGGCCCUAAGACAGGUUCUUGAUCUCUCCAGCCAGCAAAGCACACAAGAAGUUCACAAUGCCAAACAAUGCUUCACAAUGCUACAUCAAAACAGAACUAGAACCUUUCACCUAUUUUUACUACUUGAUCUUUCUUACGGGUUUCCUGGGGAGCUGUUUUGCGCUGUGGGCAUUCACACGAAAAGGUCAGAAGCAGAAGUGUAUGAGCAUCUACUUAACCAACCUCCUAACUGCAGACUUCUUGCUGACUUUGGCGUUGCCAGUAAAGAUAACAGUUGACCUAGGCGUUGCGCCCUGGAAACUGCAGAUAUUCCACUGCCAAGUGACAGCCUGUCUCAUCUACCUGAACAUGUAUUUAUCAAUUAUAUUCCUGGGAUUUGUAAGCAUGGAUCGUUACCUUCAGCUCACGCACAGCUCUAAGAUCUAUCGCAUUCAAGAGCCUGGAUUUGCCAAGGUUUUGUCUGCAGUCGUAUGGACAAUGGUUCUCCUUAUAACAGUGCCUAACAUGGCUAUUCCAAUAAAAACCACUGAAGAAAGACCUAACGCAAGGUGCAUCGAUCUCAAAACAAAAUUUGGGAGAGACUGGCACGUGUUUACUAACUUUGUGUGCACAGCAAUAUUCCUGAAUUUUUCAGCCCUGAUACUCAUUUCCAAUUUCCUCGUUGUCAGACAGCUCUACCAAAACAAAUACAGCGAGAGCUACCCCAAUGUGAAGAAAGCCCUGGUGAGCAUACUGCUGCUAACAGCAGCCUACCUGCUGUGCUUCCUUCCCUACCACGUCGUUCGCAUCCCUUACACUCUGAGCCAGAGUGACACCAUAACCAGCUGCUCUCUGAAGCAAACUCUCUUUCAAGCGAAAGAAUCUACCUUGCUCUUUGCAGUAUCAAACCUCUGUUUUGACCCAAUUCUGUAUUAUCGUCUUUCCAGUGUAUUCAGACUGAAAGUUAAUGAGGCUUUUGUGGCAUCCAAACAGGCAAAGGCUUCCACAGAUGAAGAGGCACAGCACCAAAGCGAGCAGCGGGUGCAAAUGUACUGAUUCUAAAGUACCCAGAAAAGAUGUGCAAACACAUAACCUGAACAGCCAUUGUGGAACUGGAAACAGCUGCUACCACCAACAUUACCACUGGAUGGAUGAGAAGACUCACAUCACCAAACCAGCAAAGCACUCGGUGUUGCUUUUUGGAAAUACUGCAGCUAUCAGCACCAACCUAUGAACAGUCAGCAAUAAUGUGUAAUAAAGCUCGUUGAGACACACCCAAAUAUACAUUCUUAGUAUUUAUGGUAAAUACUUUGGGCUCUCCCUAAGUAAAAUAUUGUAUUCUUAAUAGAUUGAAGAGCUUGGUGGAAUGAAGUAAAGAUCUGUUUCCAAAUAGCAGCUCAUGGCCUGCAAAGCUUCUCACAGACACAAUUAACCCAAAGGCAUUUUAAAGGGCAUUACUCAAUCUAGAACGCAGUGUUAAGCUCCACUGAUUAACAAACUAUUGCAUCUGCUUACAUCUCACCCGUAAUUCCCAUAAAUAAACCUUCUGUUCUUGUCAAGUUCCACUGCCCUCCUGUGAUGCUACUGCACUGAACUUAAAAGCCAGCAACAUGUGAGUACAGAAGAUUCAAGGCAACUGUAAAAUGAGAAUAAAGAGUAAGCAGAAAUACUCACUGUGUGGUCUUUGCUUGUAUUCAUAAAAAUUUAUAAAGCAGUAACUAAAAGCAUUUAUGUAUAUAUGUAUACACACACACACUAUUAUUUUUAUUUAUUUUUUACAAGCACUUCCACAAAUAACGUAUUUAUAGAAUGGAUGAUAAUCACAGUGAAAAAACAAUUUGCUCAAAGUCAAACUGCCAGGAUUAACUCCUUCUGACCAAAACUUCGGCAGAAACAAAAAUAACUAACUUACAUGGUGCAAGACAUAAAUCAGACUUCAAGCAAGCACUUAAAACCGGCCUGAAAAGAAACAGCUGAUUCAAUAUUCUCAUGAAAACAAAUCACCUGUAGCAACCCAAAAUUAAAGCAAGGAAGGCGGGAGGCCAGGAGGAAUCACAUCACACACCAGCUGACACCUCCUGUACUGGUAGGAUUCAACACUGCUUAACAAUUACCAUUGUUGUUUCUAAACAAAGCCAGAACAGUUUGAGCAGACACUCCACUUCCUGCCCGCUCAGCCUGGGGCCCUCUGCCCAGUACUGCAGCAAACAUGCAGUAUCGUUACGUAAAUAAAUAUCUAAAAAUCAACCAAACGAGGGUUUGGGAUCUGGAACGCUGCUCACGGAGUUCUCUGCAGUUCCCAUGAGGUCCCAGGCCAACAGAGUAACAGAAGCAGCCCAAAAGCCAUACUACAAACAAGAGGAAGUGGGAGGAAGGAAAUAGCACCAUUCCAUCCAUCACACUUCAGAUAUUUCAGUAUUCAUCCGUUAGUCCAACUACUAGAUCAGAUUUUCUAUUGAGCAAACCUCCAUCAAACCCUGGAAUGUGGCACUGGCAAUGUAGUACCAUCUCCCUUCUCUGCUGGGUUAGCAUAAAUCACUACUGCUCAGGCACUUGUCCAGGAGCACGUUUUCCUUUGGUAAGAUGAAGCUCCUGCACGUUGCACAUCCUGCAGCACACAGCAGGCACGCGCAGCAGGAGCAGCCUCACGAGAGCUGAUUGGGAGCCCUCGAAUGAAGCUGGCUCUGCUCCCUGCACAUAGUGAACACUUCUUCCUUCAAGUGCUUUUAUUUGCCAUCACAACAGCCAACACUGCU